CUAAUGUGCGCAAGUUCCUGUUUUGUAUACAUACGUAGAUCAGAUGAAAGCUUUUAAUUUUCUAUUAAUUUUCUUUGCUAUUUUCUACCGAAAUGAAGCAAAAGUAACGUACACUUUUCCGGAAUUCCAAUACAAGGAAACAAAUAAAAACGAAGUAAUGUUUAGAGAAGUAGAAGCGGCUUGUCAACGAGGUUGUCAUGGAAGAAUUGGAGUUUCUAAAAUACUUUGUAUUCGGCAAUGUAUAUCACCAUCAUGUUAUAAAGAAUUGUAUCAUGCAGAUUUGUUGGAGGAAGGAGAGGUAGAUGUAAGACUCAAUUCGUUUAAAGGAUGUUUUAUUCAACGAUACAACAGAUCUCGCCCAUAACCUGGCUAUACACCAAUAACAAACAUCUAGAAAUAGUACUUUUAUUUACGAUAUAUCAAUUCACAUAGUACUUUGUAUUAAUCCAAAAUGUUUUGUUAGUAAAUAAACUAUGAAAACUUC